UUUUCACUAACGCGCCGUGAUAGAUACAAGAGGACUCAAGGAUAAUCGUUUUCAUCUUCCAUUUACGUUCAUCAAGGCAUCUUAUUUACCGACGGUUUUGUCUUUCUGUUAUGUUUAGAAUUUAUCCUGACUGUGACAUUAUAACAUAGUUACUAAUAUAAGCGUUAAAUGUGUGCUUUUCUGCCAGAUAACCCAUAAAAUAAAUCUGCUUCUGGGCUUGAACGGGGGUUACUCCUCUUGAUAUAAUCACAUCUUUGGCUGCACACGACACCAGUCAGUGCUUGAAUGACAUCUACUCCUCGUUACUUUUACUGAUACUUUCUUUUCUGUUGUAGAGCAAUAACAAAGUUUGAGCUACCACCCAGAGCUAAAAUUUGGUAACUGCAGUUUAACUUUGCCCAUUUACAGCUUCACUCGACAGAAAACGACAAAGCCGUUGGAGUUAGCUUAACAUGAGGACCCUAAAAGCCUUAUUUGGUUCCCAACACUGGGCGCCUCUCAUGUGUAUCCAACCCAGACACUGCUCUAAACUGCCUAACACCAAAACCACUCCAAUAGAGAAGAGAACAGCUGUAAGUGACAGUUUCAAGAGUCAGAUAACCUCAGGUCCAAGUUUUCAGGAUUUUGUCAAAGGACUUUCAGUGAACAGGACUUUUACUGUAGAUGAAGACCACUCAGAUAAACAUGGUUAUCUUCCUGAACACUUGGAUAUGGGAAACUCAAGGAAAGUAUAUUUUGAGACCUAUGGAUGUCAGAUGAAUGUAAAUGACACAGAGAUAGCCUGGUCCAUACUUAAGAAGAAGGGAUAUCAACGCACAGCUCACUUAAAUGAGGCGGAUGUUGUUCUUCUGGUAACCUGCUCCAUAAGAGAAAAGGCUGAGCAAACUAUUUGGAAUAGAUUGAGACAACUAACAGCCAUGAAGAAGAAGCGAUUGAAGUCCCACACACCAAUGAAAAUAGGGAUUUUAGGUUGCAUGGCAGAGAGGCUGAAGACGGAGCUACUGGAGCGCGAGAAGCUGGUUGAUGUUCUCGCUGGUCCAGAUGCUUACCGAGAUCUUCCUCGCCUUUUAAUGGUAGCUGAUGGAGGUCAGCAAGUCAGCAACGUGCUGCUGUCUCUGGAGGAGACAUAUGCAGACGUCAUGCCUGUUCACCAUGCUUCUCAGGGCCACAGUGCUUUUGUAUCCAUCAUGCGCGGCUGUGACAACAUGUGCAGUUACUGCAUUGUUCCCUUCACCAGGGGGAGAGAGAGGAGUCGACCGGUCAGCUCCAUCCUCGAGGAAGUUCAGAUGCUCUCUGACCAAGGUGUGAAGGAGGUGACGUUGCUGGGCCAGAAUGUGAACAGCUACAGGGACACUUCAGAGGAGCAGUUCUCCUGUUCAGACCGGACAAAGCUCAGCCGUGGCUUUAAGACCAUCUACCAAACUAAACAGGGAGGUCUGCGCUUCUCGGACCUGCUGGACAAAGUGUCGCUAGUUGAUCCAGACAUGAGGAUAAGAUUCACUUCUCCUCAUCCUAAAGAUUUUCCUGAUGAGGUUUUGCAUCUGAUUGCAGAACGUAACAACAUUUGUAAACAGAUCCACCUCCCAGCCCAAAGUGGAAGCAACCAAGUCCUGGAAGCGAUGCGUCGAGGUUACACCAGAGAGGCUUACCUCGAUCUGGUGAAGAACAUAAAGCAAAUCAUCCCAGACGUGAGUCUCAGCAGUGACUUCAUCUCAGGCUUCUGUGGUGAAACAGAAGACGACCAUCAGCAAACGCUCUCGCUCAUCAGAGAGGUGGGCUACAACGUGGGAUUCCUUUUUGCCUACAGCAUGCGAAAGAAGACGCACGCCUUCCAUCGACUACAGGAUGACGUGGCAGCGGAGGUGAAGCAGCGGCGGCUGGAGGAGUGCAUCAGCGUGUUCAGGGAGGAAGCUCUGAGGGUCAACGCUGCUCUGAUUGGCAGCACACAGCUGGUACUGGUGGAGGGAGAAAGUAAAAGAUCUGCAGAGGACCUGUGUGGGAGAACAGACGGUAACAUGAAGGUGAUUUUCCCCAAAGAGGAUGUUGCUGUCAGGGCUGCUGAAUCCAGCACUGCACCCAUCAGUGCUGGAGAAUACGUGCUGGUGAAGGUUUUGUCGGCCAGCUCGCAGAGCCUGAAGGGUCGGGCCGUCCUGAGAGGAACACCGUGAUGCUGCGGACCAGACUGAUGGACACGUGGCAUCCAUGUUUGGUCAAGGAUGGACACAACCGACAACACAUGA